GUCCAGGGCUUACACAGGACCGCAUUUUGCUGUGCUUAACUUAAUGCACGCUCACAGUAAAGCUCACAACAGCGGCGGUUUACCGUGAAAAAUUUUCAAUCAUGCAAUGUCCUCUGAUCUCAUGUCGUCUAGCUUCAAGGGCGACGCGUGUCACACGGAGGUCCUGCGGUCCGUUCUGGCCGUUGCCGCUAGGCGCGUCCUCAAGCAUAUCCGCUGGCAAAAGCUCCACACCUAGUAGCAAAUCGAGGAAAAGGCCGAAUAAUAACAAACAGCCUAACCAGCUAUCACAAUCUCCUCCGGUUCAGCCAAGCAUUGCGGCAUUGCGCCAAUUUGAGGUGCUGUGGCUUGAAUACCGCCAGGAGCUACAACUGGGAAAGCAAGCUGCCACAGCCGUUCUAGAUGAAGUGAAAAAGGUAUCACAGGGAGGGUUAUUGGAAACCCAAGUACGGUUCCCUUUCUCGUCUUCCACCUAGAUUUUGCCCUCAGCCCCCGCACUUUCAUGCCUGCACCUGCACACAAAGAUCCGAAAAGUUACCCAGUCCCCCGAGUGGUGAUGUUACGCUACCUUGUUUCGCUACAUGCCAAGUCCGGGUUUCAUUAUGUCCCCUCACUCACAACCUGAAACAACGCGUGGCUUGGCCAACACCCUCACCUUACAACUUGAAGAGCAUUGCACUAUCCAGCGGUUGCCGUAUCUCUGCCCGCAAAACUACCCACCCGUAUGCGCUUCCCAUUCUCCACACUCCUUGUCCCUAGGGCCGCCUGCCCUGCGACGCCAAGCUGCUCCGAAACCGGGCCCUGACACUUCUCCUCGUGGAUCCCCUGGAGCCCCGCCUGCGCCUACGGCAACUCCUAACCGCCGUGCCGCGCGCCGUACUCGCGCACGAGCCGCAGCUCCUGCUCGAAAGAGCCGCACGCUUUGCUGCGCUACUUCCCUCGUACGACACAACCCACGUGAUUACCACCAUACUUCCGCAUCUGGAUCGAGAUCCCUACCUGACGGCAAUGAACUUUGUCGAACUGGAUGACAUUUUCCGUCGCGCUUUCAGCGGUGCACGCGUGCCUCCCAGCGCCUUCGCUCACCUGCUCCGCGCUCCUGGUGCCAGUGUGCUCCUGGCGCCGCAGCAGCAGCUGACAAUGUCGGCAGGGGCGCCUGCUGCUGCUGGUGCUGCUGCUGGUGCCGCUGCAGGAGCAGCUCCCCUUCAGGGCGGGGUGAUGGGGCCUGCGGCCGUGAGCCCUCCGGCCAGCCCACAGGCUCCAUCGCAACCUGCGCAGCCAACAGGGCGGGGUAAGGAGGAAGAAACAGGGCGGGGGAGCGCAAGGAGAGGAGCAGGACAGGGAGAAGAGCAAUGGCAGCUUGAGCAGGUGCGACAGGGCCGGCAGGAACCUCAGCAGCAGCAUGGGCAGUGGCAGCAGCGCUGGCGGGAUCCGCUGCCGCACCAGCGGCGGUACGUGGACCCAUGGGUCGUAUUGCAGCGACUUCAGGAGCUGGUGUCUCUCUUCGGUCGCGAAACCGCAUACGUUGCCGUACAACGUCAUCCGUCCCUCAUGGACCGCGACCCACGGGACUUGGCGGCGCAACUGUCGCAGCUGGUGGCGGCCAUUGACCCAUGGGCCGUGUCGGGCACGGCAAGCGCGUCGAGCCUGGCGCCUACAUGUAUGGCAGGCAGCCUCGCUGGCAUUGGCGUCGGUGGUUCCGGAAUCAUGAUGCGUCCGGCUGCGCGGAUGCUUGAGGAGGCUCCAGAGGUGUUGGAUCUGGAUGUAGCGGAGGUACGGCGGAGGCUGGACGAGCUGGCGGAGGCGUUGGAGUGGGGCGCGUCGCAGGUAGCACAGCUCGUAUCGCUUGCCCCGGGCGUGCUGCUGCGCGAUCCAGCUGCCUGCCGUGGGAACCUCAUCCGCUUGCGUCUUUACGCCCUGCGCCGGCCAGCCUCCUGGCACCGGGAGCUUGGUGCAUGGCUGCAGGCAGGGGCCGCUACAGCUGCUGCUGCUGCCCCUCCUGCCACGGCUCCCGCGGCUGCCUCUGUCGUCAUUUACGGCACAGCCGGUACGGGAGGCGGCGCCUCCGAUACCCCUGAUGCGGCGCCGCUUGCGAAGGCGUCUGCUAAGGGCUACCAUGCUCGCAUGGGCAGGAGUGGCGGUAGCAGUGGGGGAAGUCAGAGCGGCAGCUUGGAGGGCCGUGGGAGCGUCGAGCUAGACCCGCAGGUGCUGUCGGUCAUUGCCCGGGCGCUAACGGUUGAUGAUGAGGUGGUUGACCGUUGCGAGUACCUGGCUAUGUCCGGGGAAAGAACUGCGGUAACGCUGCAUGAGCUGUUGUUUGAGAGUCGGGUUAAGUUUGUACGGCAAUGCCCCCGUUACAGUCGGUGGUGGGCUGAGGGUGCUGCACGGCAGCGGGGUGAGAGCGAUGAGGAAGUUGAGGUGGGGCUGUGUUUCGAUGACAAUGAAGUGAAUGGGCUCUUGGGAGUGCAGGUGGCGGACGUGGAGGAAGGUAGAAAACAGCGCUGGGAAAGGGAAGGGCUAGUCGAAGAUGAUGUCAGGGAAGAUGAGGGAUUUGUUGACGGUGAGGACGGCGGUUUGGAGGAGCUGCUGGGUUUUUUGUGAGCAAGUGUGCCCGCGGAUAAGGAAAAUAAAAAGUGCUAAGACGUAUGCCUAUUGCGCUCUUGCAACUUACCCCGUACUUUGGUCCUCCUGCAACAGGUUUCACAACUGGGCGCCAAAACCAGGACUGUCCGCUUUUAACACUAUAAAAGUCAUUUAUAAAAGGUUCAAUCUAUACUGACCUGCUGUCUUGUCAUCACUAUCGUUGCAAAACAAAGCAGGUUGCGUGGCCUCGGAGCCCCGUACCCCAAGUACCCGAGCACUUCGAAGCUUGGGCGUUUCCUGCUCAGUCAAACUACAAUUACUUGGUUACCUUAGUUUUUAGGUAUAGGGUAGAGGUACACGAAGAAACGGCGUUGCCUUCAGAGCACUUUUCUUCCAACAGAAGUACAGGUCUGAGCUCGGCACAGUACGCAAGGGUUUGAGAAGGCCACUUGCGUCAAAGGAUGGCUUGGACUGGUCCCGCUCGAGGCGAUACGUCGCGGAUGCGGUCCACACGAAAGACUUCGGGAUGUAAGCAGUGCAGCAUGGCCGGAUGCUGCUGCUGCUGUAAAAACUGGUGUCACAUCUGCGGCGUGGCUAAAUGUCGUGCUGCGCGAGACGCGAAGUGGCUCGACGACACGCUAAAUACUGAGUACAAGAGAGAGUACCCGCCCAAAGGCGUUAUGCCGGAGCGAAGAACCCCAGGUCACGGGCCUCUGGACAGCCUCCCCUUCAACGCCACCACCACCCACCGCGCCGACUUCACACCCAAGCACGUCCGCUCGCAGUCCGCCCGCCCCGCCGACAAACCCAUCCCCGCACACCGCCUGGACGACUCCACCACUUACAAGUCCCACUUCCCGCCAAAACGCGCUCAACUGGAGGCGCCCCCCGGCCCCGCCAACGCUGCAUGGUCCGCACCGUUCGUGGGCGUCACCACCUACAAUGCAGAGUACAUUCCCCGGAAGGUCCGGCCCUGGACUGCGGAGCCACCGCUGCCGCCGCCAGUGGUUCCUUUGGACAGUGCUACGGAAUACAAGGACCAAUACCACCGGAAACCCAUUCCGGCACGCAGUCUGCGCGCCUCGCAACCGCUCCUGCCCUCCAAUCACGUGCCCACCAUUACGACCUACGGUCAUGACUACGUGCCAAAGCCGUUUGAGGAGCGCGAGAGGCUGAACUGCUGCGAUAAUCCGAGCCAUCCCGCGGAUUACGCGCCGCCUGUUACUUGUGCGUGGUCCGCUUCGCCGUUGUCGCGUGGCAAGGGAGGGAGGCCUGGCUUGGUCGGGCGGAGCAGGGUGGGCUAAGGGUCGCGCGGGGCUGAGGGGGGGGGCAAACGGCGCAUGGGGCGCGAACUGAAAAGGGGGGCUGAAGCAGGUAAUGGCUAGCAUGGAAGCAUGAGACGGUGCUUGUGUGGUGGAAGGGUUGUUUGAGGCGGCCUAUUUGUAUGCUAGCGAGCAUUUGUGUUUAUGGUUGACUGGGAAAGGUAGUGAAUGAUGCGGCGUCGGAGUAUAUCUGAUUGGCUGGGGAGUCCAAGUGUGGUGAGCAGGAUGGAUUGAAAGGCAGCGGUUGCGCGCGGCUUUUGGCUCAUGUGGCCUUGGCUAGGUGUGGACGAUGGGUAUUUAGCGGGAAGGUAUGUUUCCUCCUGCAUUCAUCCGUUUGCGGCAUGGGGUGCAUGCAUUAGCGGGCAGCUCGAGCAACUUGGGUGGACCUUGUGAUUGCGCUUGGUAUGUUUGCCCGUGCGAUGUGUUGACGGCAAAUGACGUAAUAAGUAUUAGUGCAUUGAUCCAUAGUAGCUCUAUAUGGACUUCGUCUUUAGGUAGGAUUGUGUAACACUCUGUAGCAGUCCCAGUUAAUUUCUUAACGGGUGUGCGGUGACGGUUAGGGAGUGCCCUUUACAUGCGCCUCUUUUGCAUUCCUCGCCAAUUUAAAGCUUGCGGGAAUUGAGGCCAGCCCGUCGCCACGCUUACCACAUCCGGGCCACGUACCCGCUUUUGUUGAAUGUUCGUUGCAUCCUAGUGACUCGCUCUGUUGAUUAGCCGGGUGAGCCAGCUUUGCUGCUAGAGCGCUAGGCUGCUUAGGCAGGUAUGUGCGCAUGUCUUGCCAGUCUGGGGCUCAGUUGCUGGCUCUAGCGGUUUCGUUUGUGUUGAAUCCCAGUCACAGUUGUGGUGCAGAGAGAUGGCGGGUCGUGAUGUGGUUAUGUAGCUUACGUUCUAAUGCCAACAUCUAUGCCCAGGCGAGUCCUGGUUCGUACCAUGACACUGUACGGCGCUGCUGCUUGAAAUCGAAACGUUGAAAUUGCUAGUUUUGUAAAUGUAACUGGUAUCCAGCCGUG